GCCUAGCCCUACAGUCAACCGCCGCCAAGCCCGGAACCGGCUGCCGCCACCUGCUAGCACUCGCCACACGCGCGGCGCUGGCGUGCCCUCGCCGCCGACAGUGUCCCGCCCCCGCCGUCGGCCGACCCCUCGCGGCCUCGCCCUCGACGAUCGGCCCUCGCCGGCUCGACGCGUGACGCCGGCGCCGCCACCCACCGUCCGACGGCCUAGCCGGAGUCGGACGCCCCCGGGCUCGCGCCUCGCCUUCCAACAGUCCAAGCGCCGCAUUCGCGCGUGGCCAACCCCAAAGUCUGAAGUUCGAUCCACAUCCACCGAUCCGCAGAGGCGCAGACUACAGGUCUCUCCUACAGCUGCCAUCCCCGUCCGCCUCGCUCCACCACCGGUGGCCGCACACACGUCUGGCGUAGGGACACAGCCGCACAGGAAGUCCCCCCGGCCCCUUCGACUGAAGCCUCCUCUGAGUGGGGGCAUCUACCUCUCCUUCCCUUUAGGUUCUCGUUCUUCAGUGCGUGAUAUCAAUCCACUGAGGCGCUGGGUGCAGUUAAUUUCCCAAACUAUAUUUGGGGGUGUUCAGCAAAAACCGCGUCAACUGCACCCGUGCGGGUGAGGGAUCACUAGAGGCUGGACUCGUGCUAGAGAUGGUGAAGGCAAAAGCAAGGGUCCGCUAUGAGCCUGGACCGGCUUUUGAGGAGGUCAAAGAAGAAGCCAUGCUUGAUAUAUCACCAACAGACUCGACAGAGUUUUGGUUAAUUCAGUGGCCUAAAGACCAGAUAGAUGUUUUGGAUUUUCAUGGCAAAGAGCUUUCUCUCAAGCUGCAUAGUGAUGGAAACUUGGGCAACUUGGAAAAUUCCUCAGGGAAAUCUUAUGAGAUUGCGAGCUUUGCAGCUCAGAAACCAGAUGCAACCGUCUUCCUGCCUUCAGGGUCAGAAACAAAGGCUGUGGGGAAGAUUUCACGGCGAGUAUCCUUAGUUCGUUAUCCUAAACCUGAGGAAUUUACAAAACCAAGUUUUGGGAGUCUUACUCCUAGCAUAAAGAAAUCUGCAGGUUCUAAGAAGACCAUGUCUCGGUUCACCGGUGUAUCAAAGAAUCCCAGUAGCCAAGGUUCGGCGCUUUCACUGGGCCAAAGGAGCGCAGAGCCAACACCCAAACACAAGGGGAAGAGAAAGGAUGAAAGCAGCCUGGGGCACUCAAAUGUGUCGGGCAAGGCCACAGAAGGAUCUGAGGCUCGAGGCGCGGGGAGCAACACGGCUUCAGAGAUGCCACAGUCGCCACCGGAAAAAUCAAAGAAGAGGAGGAAGAAGGAUAAGAUCGUUGAGUAGUAGUGUCACCUUGGCAGGUGAUCAAGUUUCCCUUGAAUUAUCAAUCAGUGGCUCGAGCAGCUGUGCUGGAAGUUCACGUUCAGGUUUCUUUAUGAAUUUCCGGUUCUCAUUUUAUCCAUGCAGAAUUUUUUGCUGGAGUGCCCGGUGUUGUUUGACCUGGGAGCAACCUGUUGCGUGGUGCUGAAAUACCGCUAUGUAUCGUUCUGUUUUUGG